AUACUCCGUAUACACUUUCUCUCUCACACACACACACAAACACAUCUCUAGAUUUAUAUAUAAAUACACUUACACUUCAUCUUCUUUAAUCCACAAAACUCAUACACUCUGUUUUCUCUUCCUUUUUAUUAUUAUUAUUACCAGAAACCAGAGUUUCAGACAAGAGAGCAAAAAAUAAUAUGGAACUGUCGAGACAGAUGAAUGUGUUUGAAGAGCUUCUUGUUCCGACAAAGCAAGAAACCACCGACAACAACAUGAACAAUCUGAGCUUUAAUGGCGGAUUUGAUCAUCAUCAUCAGUUCUUCCCAAACGGAUAUAGUAUUGAUUACCUCUGUUUCAACAACGAAGAAGAAGACGAAAAUACCCUUCUCUACCCUUCUUCUUUCAUGGAUCUAAUCUCUCAGCCCCCUCCAUUGCUUCUCCACCAACCACCGCUGUUACAACCACCGUCGCCGCCGCUAUCAUCCUCUGCGGCCACCGCAGCAGCAACAUUCGACUACCCUUUUCUUGAGGCGUUGCAAGAGAUAAUUGACUCCUCCUCCUCUUCCCCUCCAUUGAUCCUUCAGAAUGGUCAAGAAGAGAACUUUAACAAUCCCACGUCGUAUCCGUCGCCAUUGAUGGAGUCUGAUCAGAGCAAGAGCUUCAGUGUUGGUUACUGUGGAGGAGAGACGAACAAGAAGAAGAGUAAGAAGCUCGAAGGCCAACCUUCUAAGAAUCUCAUGGCCGAGAGACGGCGGAGAAAACGACUUAACGAUCGUCUUUCUAUGCUCCGAUCCAUCGUCCCUAAAAUCAGUAAGAUGGACAGGACAUCGAUAUUAGGAGAUGCCAUAGAUUACAUGAAGGAGCUUUUAGACAAAAUCAACAAACUACAAGAUGAGGAACAAGAACUUGGUAAUAGCAACAACUCACACCACUCUAAGCUCUUCGGCGAUCUCAAGGAUCUUAAUACAAACGAACCUAUGGUCAGAAACUCACCAAAGUUUGAAAUAGAUAGGAGAGAUGAUGAUACUCGAGUUGAUAUAUGUUGCUCGCCCAAACCGGGAUUGCUUCUAUCAACUGUUAAUACAUUAGAGACUCUAGGCUUGGAGAUCGAACAAUGUGUUAUAAGUUGCUUCAGUGAUUUCUCUUUGCAGGCUUCUUGUUCUGAGGGAGCUGAGCAGAGAGAUUUCAUAACCUCGGAAGAUAUAAAGCAAGCAUUAUUCAGAAACGCAGGUUACGGAGGAAGUUGCUUGUAAGGAGUUGUCAUGAUUGAGAAAUUAAUAAACCAAUAUGAUUGUUUAUUUUUAAUAAUAAUAGUGGUUUUAAACUUUAGACGAUGUUGUGUUUAAAUUCCCUUGUACUUCAGUUUGAUUUUUUUUUUUCUUCUAGGGGAAAACAUUAUGAGUUUGUAUAAAGAAAAAAAAAAGGAAAUUAAAAAGAGAUGUUUUUUUU